AUGCGAUUCUUUCGCGCCCAAAACGUGCGAUCUGAGCACUGCAAGAGCGUCCGGGCUUCCGGACAGAGACCAUUGAGAGCUUGUGGCACCAUUUUCAAGAUUGCGCGGAAGAGGUACUCGAGCACAGGCGCCCCACAGAUUGCUGCCGCGACACGCUUCAUGCCAACGACCCUUCGCACGAAGAAGCCCUCACAGGUGGCUGGUGGAGUCUUGCAGGCAUCGUCUGCUUCCUUGAGCCAGGAGAAUCGGAAGAAGGUCCUUCUCAGAGAGGCACCCAAGGUUGCAGAGAAGCUCGAUAUUGAGGAUGCGUUCCAGGAUUUUAUGCAUCAAUUGGAUUAA